AUAGUUGAAAUCGAGUAUAAAGAGAACAUUAUGCAGCAUAAUACCAUUAUUCAACUUUAUAUCUCCUUUGUGAGUGGCAUUAAUACAAAUACCAUUGGGAAGGUUUAUUUUGACAUGGUUAAUCCUUUUAUACGAAGCAAAGGUGUCAAGAUUUAUGGCAACAUGAUUUGUAGCCCCUGAAUCUAGAAUCCAUUUCUCAUUAUUGUGAAAGAAACUACUACAAUUAAAGAUAUUACCUGGUUUAACAACGUUAGAAGAAAUGCUACUGAUGUGACUUUGUUUAUGGGUGAUGUUAUCAAAAUCACCCCAGGUUUGAUCAAAGCCAUCAAAGCUUGAUACUACUGUUGAGUAAAUUUCACCUCCUGGUCAUCUUCAUCAUUCUUGAGUUCAUUGGAUUUGGCUUUAGCACUAAAGGUUUUAUGACCGACAGGUGGGAAUCCAUGCUUCCUAUAACAAACAUCCACAUUGUGGCCAUUUUUGCCACAAUAGGUGCAGACACACUUUCCUCCUUUAUUAUUAGGAAAACCAUUCUUCUUGUAACUAACAGACUCAAUAUGACCCCUUUUCCCGCAAAAAGAACAUGUUACUGAAGUAUUGGCAGCGGCGACAAUCUUAUUUUCUUGAUUACUAAUCACAUGAUUCCCAAACAAUUGUCUUUCUUGCUGCAUCACAUAGGAAAAAGUUUUCGAAAUAGGGGGUAAAGGAUUCAUUAAUAGAACAUGUGAUUUGAUAUUACCGUACUGCUCAUUCAAGUACUGCUCAUUCAAGCCUCUUAGGAACUGCAUCGCAUGAUAUUCAGAUUUCCUUUGGGUGAUUAAUUCUGAAACCUUGCAAAGAUCUUUGCAGCUACAAAAAAUUGGAUCUGGACGGAAGUUCUCAAGUUCAUCCCAGAUGACCCUUAAUUUUGUGCAAUACUCACUAAAAAUUUGGUCCCCUUGUUUUAGCUGUGACGCGUCUGAUUAGAGGUCUAAAAUACGGAGUAGAUCACCUUGAAAGAACCGAACCUUGAGAUCUUUCCAUAUCUCUUCAGCGUUCUCAAUCCACAUAAUAUAUUGCCUAAUUUGUGGUGAAACAGAGUGCAUAAGCCAAGAAACGACCAUAUUGUUGCAUCUUAUCCAGGCAUUAUGUGAAGUUUUUCUGGUUCAACAGACGAACUGUAGUUUGUUCUUUGCACUCAGGGCUGUCAACAUAGACCUGCUCCACGAAUGGUAAUUUCCAGGAUCUAAUACAGGUGACACGAGCAACCGCUGGACUUUCUCCAGGAUGUAAGUAUAGGUGACUUUCACUGGUGAUAGACAUCUUUUCAAAAUUCUCUUCUUUAGUCAUGACGGAGGAAGGAGAAGACAAUACAGUGAAAGAAAAAGGAAAAGAACAACAAGAAAGGUGAAAGAAUCAGAGUAAGCAAACCAGGCGCAGCAGAGCUCUUCAAUCGAAGAGCUCUGAUACCAUGUUAGACAACAUGAUCCUUCAUAGUUGAAAGGUAAGAAGACAGCAGGGUGCUGGCAAAAGGACGUGAGAGCAAAAUGAUGAUAAGAGAGCACGAAAGCAUAAACGAAUGUGAAGACUUCUAUUGUUAGUGUAAGAUAAAUGGUUACGGAGCAUGAAGUCCCAGAGGAACGAAGUUCCUUAUAUACAGAAAAGGAAAAAGAGUAGAGUGGGAAAAACAAAAACUGAUUAUCAGAAUCUAAAACAAACAAAACAGAAUUUUAAAAAUGAUUCUAAGAGGAUGUCAUAGGAAGGAAUCAAGAUAAAGAAAAUAUUAUACAGCUUUUGGUGCAAUAGAAUCCGAAUAAUAAUGAAAAAAUGAAAAAAAGGCUCUCUGUCAUCCCCAUUGUGGGGAUUAGAGGCUUGGGAAAGACCACACUAGCAAAGAUUGUGUUCAAUGAUACGAGGAUACCUGAGUUGUUCCUAUUGAAGAUGUGGGUUUGUGUUUCUGCUCACCAACAAAAUUUAGACAAAGUAGAUAUGGGGUACAGAUUUUGUCUCCUUCAUAUCUCAGAACCUGUUGGCUGUUGGUUGCGAUGUUUCUGUUGAGAACUUGGGAAUUAAAGACACAAAGCUCAGAGAAAUGUUGUUGGCGGAGACGGACAUCAUAGUAAAUGCUGCUGCUACUACCUAUUUUUAUGAGAGAUUGGAUGUUGCGAUGGGGAUUAAUACGAUGGGUGCUCUUAAUGUUCUGAACUUCGCCAAGAACUGUUGUAAAUUACAAAUGCUUCUUCAUGUAUCUACUGCUUACGUAUGUGGCGAGGGAAAAGGACUUGUCGCAGAGGAACCUUUUGAAAUGGGUCCUCAAGAUUAGACGUCAACUUAGAAAAACUGUUAACUGAAGAAAAAUUGAAGGAACUUGAGGCAGAAAAUGCCAGUGAAAAAACAAUCACAUCAGUUAUGAAAAACCUUGGAACUAUAAGGUCAAAUUUACACGGAUGGCCAAAUGUGUAUACAUUUACAAAAGCAAUGGGGGAAAUGAUUUUGUUGAAGAUGAAAGGUGAUAUACCAUUGAUCAUUGCACGCCCCACCAUAAUACUCAACACUCACUCUGAACCAUUUCCUGGUUGGAUCGAAGGUGUGAGAACUAUGGACCUUCUUGUUGUGAUGUACGGUAAAGGAAAAUUAAGAAGAAGCGUUGGUCGUCGGAGUACAAUUAUAGAAGCGAUACCAGCAGACAUGGUGAUAAACUCAAUGAUAGUAGCACUGGAAGCUUGUUCAAAGAGUUGUUCAAAGACAUUGAUUUAUCAUAUUGGUUCUUCACUCAGAAAUCCAUUCAGAAUUUCUGAUCUUGAGGACUUGGCCCAUCAAUACUUUACAAAACAUCCUUUGACAGACAUGUUUGGAAAACCAGUGGCUUGUUCCAAGAAAGUUUCGUGGAUGUCUAGUAUUGAGUCAAUUUUUUGUUUCUUAUUUUGGUGCUCUACUUUGAAGAGACUAAAGGUGAUGAACAAAGUGUGCUGCUACGGUCACAAGGCCUAUUACAAUGAAAGUAAACGGAAAGUGAAAAAGAUGAUGGGAAUAAUGAGAUUUUAUGAACCUUUUCUCCUCUUUGAGGGAAUCUUCGAUGACAAGAACGCAGAAAAUUUAAGGAUGACAAAAAUGAAGGCAAAAGAUGACGAUGAUGUUGGAAGAUUUAACUUUGAUCCCACAACCAUUGAUUGGACUCACUACGUGUUAAACGUUCACAUUCCUGGACUUGUGAAGUAUGCUGUCAAGUAAUUGACCUGUAAUAAAUCUGUAAUAGAAUAAAGGUUGAUGGAACUUGGAAAAUAAAAAUAAAUAAAA